AUGUCCCAGUACGACAUCGUCAUCAUUGGCUCAGGAGUCAUCGGCCUCUCUACCGCCAGAGAGCUUGAUAACCGCGGCUACAGAGUCGCAAUCGUCGCGAAAGACCUCCCAGAAGACGCCACAAGCACCGGGUUUGCCAGUCCCUGGGCGGGCUGCAACUGGUUCUCUUUUGCCCAGGGCGGCACACCCGCAGCCAAUUGGGAUACCAUCACCUACAAGCAGUUUGGCAAGCUCGCCGAAGAGCACCCCGAGCUUUGCGAAAAGAUUCCCUUCUGCUCCGUUUGGGACACACCAAAGGGCAAGGAGGGGACUCCCUGGUUCCACAAAUUGGUCUCCGACUAUAAAGACUUGAAGGCUACGUCUACAGCUCCUCUUCCUGGAAAGAAGGCUUACGGCCAUUCCUUCACCUCUUACGUCCUCAACGCUCCUGCCUACCUUGCCCACCUUGGCGCCGAUGUUCGUUCUCGCCACAUCCCCAUCAUCCGUGCCCGUCUGUCUUCCCUCGACGAAGCCUACAGCCUUCCAUCCAUCGGUCCAGUCCAGCUCGUCGUGAACGCUACCGGUAUGGGAGCAAAGAGCUUGAUAGGUGUGGAAGAUGACAAGGUGUACCCGGCUAGAGGGCAGACAGUCCUGGUCAAGGCGCCAGGUUUCAAAGAGUGUCUGAUACAACCAGAACCCAUCCCUCCUGCCUACAUCAUACCCCGUCCGGGCCCAGAGGGUCAAGUCAUCCUCGGAGGCGUCUAUCAGCCAAACGUCUGGGACACUCUUCCUUCCCUCACCGAGGCCGAGCGCAUCCUCAAAGACUGCUACGACCUUGCCCCCGCCCUAGCCGGACCCAACGGCAAGUCCUGGAAGGAUAUAGAGAUUGUUGCCCACAAUGUCGGACUCCGACCAGCGAGAGAGGGAGACCCACGGUUGGAGUUGGAAGAGCGCGAGAUCGGGCAAGGCGCAAGCAGAAAGGGGGCUUAUGCAAUUGCCCCUGCAGUGGGCAAGCUGGGACACAAGAGGAAGGUUGCGGUCGUGCAUGCCUACGGGAUCGGAUCUGCUGGGUUCCAAGCUAGUUUGGGAAUGGCUGCAAACGUCUCUGACCUUGCUAUCGAGUAUCUUACAAGGAAUCCUCGUGCCAAGUUGUAA